AUUACAAAUCAACUGAAGUUUUCAAUUUUGCUUUCUUCUAAAUAUUUUUAUUUCUCAUUCUAUUUAUUGUUCCUAUAUUCACUUCAUAUGUUUUGUUUCCUCCCAACAUCCACUGUUUUCUCUCUGUUUUUCCAUUGUUCUUGGGUCCAUUAGUUUAAAUAAACUUAAGAUCUUUUUUUUUGUUGUUUUUGUCAUACAUGAAUCGUGAGAUUUUCAUAAUAUUAGCGUCAUGGCAUUGAGGAAGAAGAUAUUAGGUGUCGUGAAAUCAUCAUCAAACACGAACCGAAACGUAGGUGGUGAUGAUGGUGGAUUAGGGUUAAUGUUAGACUGCGAUAAGUACAAGAAAGGAUAUAGGAAGAAAAGGGUUUGGAUAUCCAGUGACAAGAUUCGGGAUUCUAGAAAUAUCUGCAAAAAAAUAGUGUACAAGUCUCAAGAGCUAGAAACUCUUCCUCAAGAUAUCCUGAUAAGAAUUAUAUGUGGGGUGGAGCAUGGAGAUUUGAAGCAAUUGUUUAAUGUGUCAAAGACUAUAAGAGAAGCGACAUUGAUUGCGAAGAAAUAUCAUUUUGAAUAUAGCACACCAAGAAAAACUUUGUUUUUGGGGGACGGCUUUGAUACAAUGAUCAAUUUGGAAGAUGACAUCGAAGUUCCAUUGGUGAAAAAGCACAGGCUUUUCAGGAUCACUUGCCAAAAUAAAGUUUCUAAAAUCUCAGUGGCUCUUUUCAAAUGAAGAUCUGACCAGUUGGGUUUGAAUAUGUAGUCUUUUGCGUGUUGUUGUUGGAAACCUGCUCAAAAUAUUCAACCGCUUCUUUAGCUUUGGUUGAAGAACUAGUCUCCGUUAUAGAUUUCUUUAGCUUUCUUCCUGGAGUUUUUAUUUAUAGGUUCACUGUAAAUUGUUGUUAGACAGAGAGAUGAUAGGUCUUUUGAAAUGCUAGUUUAGCACUUUAUGUAUAUAAUAAUUUACUCAUUAGAUUUUGA